UACAGCUGAUAACGCUCUUUAGCGCCGCCAUGUGCGUAAUCUCCGAAGGCUUGACGUUGUGCUACGAGCCGCGACAGACAACUGCAACGCUUCCAGGCGGCGACGGCAAAUGGCGGCAUCAUUCUGGUACCUUUCGCUAAUAGGACUGUGCGUCCUGGUGCAGAUCGUCGACUGCCGGCGGGAGAUCAAAUCCAACUGCACGUUGACGGCAAAUUAUUAUGACUGUCUGUUUCGGGACGUGAUCAUCCGCAGCGAGUCCGAAGCGGAUAGUAUAUUCUUCGGCGAGCAGAACUUUAACGAUACCAGCAUAGCGUUCCGGGACUGUUCGAUGGUGGUGUUGCCGAAGAAGGUUUUUGAGACGUUUCCAGCGAUCCAGUACCUCUCGAGUGAUGCGUGCAAUAUCCAGAAGUUGCUCGGUGGGACGUUUGCCAAUGCUCAGCGACUGCAGGAGUUGCAUUUGUAUAAUAACAAGAUUUCCAAGUUGAACAACUUUGUGUUCAAUGGAGCACUGCAGUUGGAGAUAUUGUCGUUGUACAACAACACGAUCAAGUACUUGGAGGAACACGCCUUUGACGGACUUGGGCGAUUGAGGCAACUCUACAUGGAUGAUAACAUGAUCGAAAAGUUGCCGGAAAGUUUGUUUUCGGGUUUGGAAGAGUUGCAAAUUUUGGAGUUGCAGAACAAUAAGAUCAAGGAAAUUACCGACGAUCAGUUCAUUCUGUGCUCGAUGCUACGUGAGUUGAACCUUUCCACCAAUAUGAUCAACACGUUCAACAUGACCCAGCUGGUGGGGCUGAACAAGCUGGAAAUUCUGGACAUUGGCAAGAACUACUUGGACGAAGUGUUUGUUACGAAAUACCUACGCACGCUUAACGCUCAAGAGAACCAAGUUAGUAGAAUCCUGAUGGAUCAGGGAGACUUUUUCCAGCUUACUCAUCUCAACCUGUCCCGCAACAACAUCGCCAACAUCAACAAUAUCUUCAAGUUUCGUAACCUGAUCGAACUAGACGUUUCGUACAACGAGCUCAUCACACUCGACUUCGUGAUAUUCGCCUUCAUGAAGAACCUCAAAGUGAUCAAGCUGAACAACAAUCACCUCUGGAUCAUCGACAACGGCAUCCCUGCCCCGGCCAAAUCCCUUCGAACGCUAAACCUCGCCCAGAACAAGUUCCUGUUCAUCGAUCUGGCCGUGUUCGACACCUUUCCAGCCCUCGAGAACAUCUACCUCCACGGCAACGAACUGAUCGAUAUGCGCAUCGAGGACGUCGAGCAAAACUUCCCCUACCUGGCGCUGGUCUCGACCGACAACAACGACUGGGACUGCAUCAACCUGAUGAACAUUGUGACGACGCUGGAGCGGGCGUACGUCAAGUGGUCCACCGGAAACCGGAACUGCACCAAGCCCGAGCAGCACAAGUUCAUCUGCUGUACCUCGACCGAACAUCACUUGCGCGAAAAGAUCGUGCGGCUUACCAAGGAGAUUUACAAGUCCCGCAAGAUGAUCAAGCAGCUGAUCAUGGAGAAUGCCGAGCUGCGGACGGAGGUUGAAACACAGUUCCUGCCGACGGCGGAUUGACUAGGCGGGGGAGGAGGGACUCCGGGGGGUGGCACGCGAAGAAGAAACAGUAAAUUUUUACACAAUUGAUGGCAAAGAAAAAUAUGAAAUUUUACCUUUA